AUGUCCUCGAAAUCGAGGUCUAAAAGGCGAACACGGCCUAGUCGAAAGGUUCUCGAGGCUGAAGCAGGUGAUGCGGCACAACCCGAGGCUGAACUCGUGGAGGUACACGACCAGGAGGAGGAACCCAGCGAAGAGCAGCCUGACGUGCUUAUGGAAGACAAGGAGGGCGCGGAAGAGGGGCGAGAGCAGCGGGAGAAAGAGGCUGAAGUCUGGGAGGCGUUCAAAGAGGAGUUCUUCGAAACUGUGGAACAACUACCGCUAUCGCUAGAGCGUCACUUUACACUUCUGAAAGAGUUGGAUGAGCAUGUACAUGAGUACCAAACCUCCUUUUUACCGAUGCUCCAGAGAUAUACGGAAUGGCGGAGGCUGCGAGCGGGUCUUAAUCAAGCAAAGGCGCAGGAGCCAAAUGAUCAGGAAGCCCAACAUGAUCCCGAACAAAUGAAUGUGGAUCCUCCGUCAGCUGCCGUCGACAGUAAUCAUACGGAGCCUGAAGGAAUGUUACACACGCCGCCACGCAUCAGUAACCCCCCGGAGCUGCUCAACAAGAAGUCCGCCUCUGCCCCUCCCGCUGAGAGGGCUGCCAGCAAGACAGCAACUCCGACCUCCGUUCCUCCCGUGCCGGAAAACUCGAUUCAGGCACAGGUGAUGCUCUCUCGAGUAGCAAGGCUCUCCGAGGAGAUUGUCUCAGCAUCCCAAGAGAAGGUCAAUGUAGCUAAAUCCGCAUAUGACACGGUAGACAGACAUAUUCGUCUCCUAGACCAAGCCAUCAAAGAACAAGAACUAGCCCUCUCUCAUGGCCUCCGCCCUGGUACCCUUCCAGCGCCGAUCGUCCUCCCGGACGUCAUGGUGCCCAAACGGCAGACACGGACCCACCAAACACCCCCUCCCUCGGACUUGGAGAACAUGGCUGUAGACGUCAUGGAAGCACCCGAGGCUGAGGGAGCGCCAACCAUGGGGAUUAGCUCGGAGGUCGUCGAGGGUCGCGUCGCGCCGAAGUCGCGGAGGAAGGGGAAGGGCAGGGGGAGGGGGAGGCCGAAGAAGGGCGCGGGGGAGCAAGAAGAAGGACAGGAUGAGGGGGCUCCGUUGGCGCCUGCGACGACGAAUAUCAAGUCGGUGAAGUUGACUGUGCCGCCUGUUGUCCCGCAGAUCCCGGAUAUAGCUGCUAAUCCGGACGAGCCGCGGUACUGUUUCUGCAACCAAGUUUCGUACGGAGAGAUGAUUGCUUGCGACAAUCCUAAUUGCGAGCGUGAAUGGUUCCAUUAUGGUUGCGUGGACCUGACUGAAGCACCUCGUGGCAAGUGGUAUUGCAGGGAUUGCAAGGAUGUUGCCACUCGCCCCAAAGCUCGACGAAAGAGGCGAUAA